CAAGCCCAUCCUGGAGAAGCUGACCCAGGACCAGGACAUGGAUGUCAAGUACUUCGCCCAGGAGGCUCUGACUGUCCUGUCUCUCGCCUGAUGCUGGAAGAGGAGCCAACGCCAGCCUCUGAGCGCUGGCUGCAGUCUGUGAGGAAAGAAGAUGGCGGCGGCCGACGGCGAUGACUCGCUCAACCCCAUCUCGAUCCUCAUAGACGAGCUCCAGAACGAGGAUAUUCAGCUUCGCAUCAACAGCAUCAAGAAGCUGCCCAUCAUCGCCUUGGCCCUUGGAGUCGAAAAGACCCGCAGUGAGCUUCUGCCCUUCAUUAUAGACAUCAUGUACGAUGAGGACGGGGUCCUCUUGGCCCUGGCGGAGGAGCUGAGCACCUUCACCCCUCUGGUCGGAGGUCCCGAGUAUGCUCACUGCCUGCUGCCACCCCUAGAGUUGCUGGCCAUGGUGGAUGAGGCCAUAGUGCGGGACAAGGCGGUGGAGUCCCUGCGGGCCAUCUCGCAUGAGCACUCACCCUCCCAUCUCGAGGACCACUUUGUGCCACUCGUGAAGCGGAUGGUGGACGGUGACUUGGUCACCUCCCGCAUCUCAGCCUGCAGCCUUUUCUCCGUCUGCUACCCUCGCGUGUCCAUUGCUGUCAAGGCGGAACUUCUACAGUGCUUUCGGGACUUGUGCUCAGAUGACGACCUCUUGGUGCGGUGUGCAGCAGCCUCCAACCUGGGGGAUUUCGCCAAGGUGCUUGAGAUGGAUGACAUCAAGAGCGAGAUCAUCCCCAUAUUCUCCAACCUGGCCUCUGAUGAGCAGGAUUCGGUGCGGCUACUAACGGUGGAAGUGUGUGUGAACAUCGCCCAGCUCCUGCCCCAGGAGGCCCUGGAGGCCCUGGUGAUGAUCACUCUGUGCCAGGCUGCUGAGGACACAUCCUGGCGUGUCCGUUACAUGGUGGCCAACAAGUUCACAGAGCUCCAGACAGCAGUGGGGCCUGAGGUCACCAAGACGGACCUGGUCCCUGCCUUCCAGAACCUGAUCAAAGACUGUGAGCCCGAGGUGAGGGCCGCCGCCUCCCUCAAGCUCAAAGAAUUCUGUGAAAAUCUCUCUGCUGACUAUCGGGAGAAAGUGAUCCUGACUGAGAUCUUGCCCUGCAGCAAGGAGCUGGUCUCCGACACCAACCAGCAUGUCAGGUCAGCCCUGGCCUCCGUCAUCAUGGGCCUCUCCCCGAUCCUGGGCAAAGAUAACACCAUCGAGCACCUCAUGCCCUUCUUCCUGGCUCUGCUGAAGGAUGAGUGCCCGGAUGUGCGGCUGAACAUCAUCUCCAACCUCGAUUGCAUGAAAGAGGUGAUCGGCAUCCAGCAGCUGUCCCAAUUCCUGCUCCCCACCAUCAUGGAGCUUGCGGAGGAUGCCAAGUGGCGGGUGCGUCUGGCCAUCGUUGAGUACAUGCCUCUGCUGGCUGGACAGUUUGGGCUGGAGUUCUUUGAUGCUCAGCUCCACUCCUUGUGCAUGUCCUGGCUUGUGGAUCACGUCUAUGCCAUCCGCGAGGCGGCCACCAACAACCUGAAGAAGCUGGUGGAGCAGUUUGGGAAGGAGUGGGCCCUUGCCACUAUCAUCCCCAGGGUCCUGACCCUGUCUGAGGAACCCAACUACCUGCACCGCAUGACUACGCUCUUCUGCAUCAAUGUGCUGUCUAAGGUCUGUGGGCAGGACAUCACCACCAAGCACAUGCUGCCCACAGUGCUGUAUAUGGCGGAGGACCCCAUCGCCAAUGUCCGCUUCAACGUGGCCAAGUCCCUACAGAAGAUCGGGUCCAUCCUGGACAACAGCACGCUGCAGACCGAGGUCAAGCCCAUCCUGGAGAAGCUGACCCAGGACCAGGACAUGGAUGUCAAGUACUUCGCCCAGGAGGCUCUGACUGUCCUGUCUCUCGCCUGAUGCUGGAAGAGGAGCCAACGCCAGCCUCUGAAUACUAUGCUGCAUCCUGACUCAACAGCUCUGUACCACGGGAACUGAGAUUUGUACCCCAGUGCCUGCCCUGAACAUCGGGUAAUUCAACUGAGAAGUGUCUCUAAAAUCCUGCUGAGAUGACUCCUGGCUCUACCCAUGGAAUGCCUUCUGAAACACAUAUAUCACAAGUGUUCCUCACUUUCAAAGCAGAAAGGAAAAAAAAAUAAAAAAUGAAAAGUAGUGAAUUGACUUUGCCCCAGGUCCCUUCCCUGACUUUGAGAGAGCUAUUUGGGUGAGAUAGAAUUCUACUAUCAGGCUGUUGAAAGACAGCCACAAAAUUAUUGCUUGAUUCCUAUUAUAUGCCAGCAUUAUGCUAAAAAUUCUAUAUUCAUUAUCGCAAAUGCUUACAACAGUGUAAGGUAGCACUGCCCCCCCACUCCUUACCAGGUGGAAAAAUUUAAGAUUAAACAAUGUUCUCAAGUUGACAAACCAGCAAGGAACAGAGCUAGAAUGUAAACCCUUGUUUGUGUUACUUCAGGGUAUAUAUAAGGGCUCUUCAAAAAGUGGUAGAUUCCUUUCUCACUCUGUCACAUUUCCCGUCACUACACCAUUACCUAUAAAUGAACAGACUACUUCAAAAUGUUUUUUUUUUAAUGUUCAAGUUCCCAAAGUAAUGUACACCUUGAUCAACAAAAACCAGCCCAUGAAUCUUUUUUUUUAAAUUUUUUUUAUUUAUUUAUUUAUUUAUUUUUAUUAGUUGGAGGCUAAUUACUUCACAACAUUUCAAUGGGUUUUGUCAUACAUUGAUAUGAAUCAGCCAUAGAUCUGUAUACCUAUUCCUUUUGUCUGAAUGAUAGUAACAGCUAGCACUUACUAUUUAUGUUGGCCACCAUUCAGCGUAUGUGUACUAACUCAUUCAGGCCUAUGAACUAGGUGAUGGUAACAUCCCUAUUUCACAGUUGAAGAAGCAAGCACAGAGAGCCUAAGUAAAUGGCCCAAGAUCAUACCGGCAGACCUAUGAUGAGAAGGUAGGCAGUCUGGCUGCAGAGCCCAAGCUCUUAGCAUCAUGUUUUACUGCCUCUCAACAAUUAGAAUAAUUGUGUAAAUUCUCCACUUAACUUUGCAUGUAUCUAGUCAAUUCCUUUGAUAUCUGAAGCUACCAAAACCAUUUACCGAAAAACAAGGAGUAACAUGUUGCUUGUGCAUCAUACUCUCUGAUUACUCAUCACACUUUAGUGUCUGGCUCUUUUUCACCUUAAAGAUGGAAGACACAAAAUUCUUCAAGUUACUGUAGAGGUCACACUUGUCUGAAAAGGGUAUAUUUCAGGAUAAAGUUAGAAUCUUUUUCCAAGAAAAUAAUCUCUCCUCCCAUAACAACAAAUACUGUUUUACUCCAUUUGGGUAGCAUUCUUUAGAUUCUGGCAGGAAUGUAAUAUGCCAAAAUCAGGGUUUAUCACCUAAAGCCUGCAGUAAAGUUAUUUUUAAAAAUUUAUAUACUACAUGUUGAACAAUCCCAUAUGUUGUAACUU